CACACCGAAAAGAAGGCAGCUUAGAGAAAGAAGGCAGGGCUUUCCCAGGAACUGCUCCUCCUGUAGUUUACCCGUUCGAGCUACUGGCGACAACACCGGUUUCCCGCAGUGGCUCAAGCAGGGUCUCAACAUGGCGAGCGUGGGUAUGACCUUCGAGAGGGUUGAGGAGAUGGCGCAAGAGCUGGCCGUGUUCCGCGAUCAGAAUCGUGCUACGGCAACCAGUAAUAGAGCGGUACCCCACGAGGAAGUUGAGCGCACGGCAGUCUUCCUGGACGCGUACUCAAACAUGCUGCAAUAUCAACGGAUCAAGGUCGUGAACCAGUACCAAGCUGACUACGACCUCUUGGCCUACUCUAUGAGACGCGAUCAUAGCAAGCUCGUCAUCGAUCAUGUCACUCCCGUGAAGCUUGAGCAGCCGCGGAUAUCGGGAGACGUCCGAAGUUACCUGGCUGAUGCAGCGGACGCGAAGCGCAUAUUGGAUGCCGAGGUGCUCGCGGUGGUGGAGGCGGAGCGUGCCGCGGGCGGGGAGUUGCGCCAAGUGAAGGCGCCUUCCUUCGUGGAGGCCCCGCUCAAGUCAGAGGAGAGCACGCUGCGGAAGGCGAGCAUGCCUUGGGCUGGCAAUGACCUUCGGCUGGUAACCGACAUGGCCAGAGUUUCCGUCCUGUGCUACUCGUCAGAAGACCUUCAGAAGAUGUGCCAACAUCUUCGCGAGCGCUUCAAGGCCCUUGGCUUUGCUGUGCCGAGGGUAGCCAACGGCUUUCGCAGCAGCUUCACCCCGGGUGGAUAUCGUGAUGUCAAAAUGAACGUAGCGGUUCGCCUGGAGAGCGGUUCAGAGCAUCUGUGCGAGGUGCAGUUGCAUCUGGAACAGUUUUUCGUCCUCAAGGACGCGUCUCACAAGGUGUACGAAUGGGCGCGAGGCCUGCGUGUCACGUGCAACAUGUCGGCUACACACCUGUUCGAAAACGUUAGCCCACAGGUGUUGAAGGCAAUGAUCGAGAUAGCGGAGAACAACCGCGCUUACGCCAACGCCCUGCCUGAGCUGAUGCGGUACGCUGGGUACCCGCUCAAGGUCGCGCAGAUCCAUCGGGAGGCAGUAGCAGAAGCGACCCGGGUUUACAACAGGGACGCUGUGAACCCUACCUCUGACGCAAGCCGACGCGCGGGGAUUCGACUGGCCAACGCCUCAUCCUCUUUGGCGGAGUCGCUUCUGGACCAGGUGGCCAGAACGCUCAUUACACUUGCGCUGGUGCUGAAAACCCAGGCUGCACUUGGGCCCAACCACCCAAUGGUGUCAUCCGCGAGGAACAAUAUGGGCUGCAUGCUACUGGAUGAGGUGCGGGGAGAGUAG